UUGCAGCAGAUCACACGACACGACAAGACAAUCCAUUCCCUUUCUGAUCACGUGGUUCGUGCUCGUAGCCUCGUACUUGUAGCAAGGUCGCGGUCAUGGCGACGGCGAGCUGGCUGGGCCUGUGGGGCGUCCUGGCGGCUUGCGCCGCAGCCGGCGCGGCGGCCUGGUCGCCGGGCACGGCGACCUUCUACGGCGGGGCCGACGGGUCCGGGACAAUGGGCGGCGCGUGCGGGUACGGCAACCUGUACAACGCCGGGUACGGCGUCAACAACGCGGCGCUGAGCACGGCGCUGUUCAACGACGGCGCGUCGUGCGGGCAGUGCUACACCAUCACGUGCGACGGCUCACGGCCGGGCGGCCAGUACUGCAAGCCCGGCAACAGCGUCACCGUCACGGCCACCAACCUGUGCCCGCCAAACUACGCGCUGCCCAACGGCGGCUGGUGCGGCCCGGGGCGCCCCCACUUCGACAUGGCGCAGCCGGCGUGGGAGCACAUCGGCAUCGUCCAGGCCGGCAUCAUCCCGGUCAUGUACCAGCAGGUCAAGUGCUCGCGCAGCGGCGGCGUGCGCUUCGGCGUCGCCGGCUCCAACUACUUCCUGCUCGUCAACAUCCAGAACCUCGCCGGCAGCGGCUCCGUGGCGGCGGCAUGGGUAAAGGGCGACAAGACUGGCUGGAUCCAGAUGUCAAGGAACUGGGGUGCCAACUGGCAGGCGCUCGCCGGGCUCGUCGGCCAGGGGCUCAGCUUCGCCGUGACCAGCACCGGCGGGCAGUACAUCCAGUUCCUAAACGUGGCGCCGGCGUGGUGGCAGUUCGGCCAGACCUACACCACCUACCAACAGUUCGUCUACUGAUCCACCGAUUGAUCGGAGUAGUGUUUUGUGAUCUCUUUCCUGUCGCCUUCGUCGUGUCCUCCGCAUGGCGAGUGGUGAGUGCCUACGUGUCGUCUCGUGGCCCAGUUUCAGCGCCGACGCACGGUGGCCGAGGCAUGCUUGCUGUGCGUAGCUCAAUUGCUUAUCCUUACCAUUUUUUCCCCAUUUGGUAUCACAUAUACAUCUAUGUAAAAUUGUUAACCUUGUUCAAUCACGAACUUUAGAAUACAUUAUUAUCCAAAUAUUUCUUCCAAGUUGGUUUAGAGCUAUAUUUAUUCAUAAUUGUUGUAAAACAAUUAAGAAUGUUGUACCAAUUUUUACAUAUUUAUAAAAAAGGACCGUUACUUUGA